ACCCACUCCACUUUCCGACUACACUUAGAACUCAAAUAUUCGAACUCUACUGUUCUUCUCCAACAACCCAAACUGAAAUAAUAAGCACCACUUCCAAAAGGAAGAAGAGAAAGCCCAGUUCAAGCUUUCUUGAAAAGGUCCAUGAGAAAUGGCCUCUUGAACACACUUCUUCGUGGAAAAAUAUUCCCUGGCAAGAACAAAACCCAGAAUUAAUAGUAGAACAAACUCAAUACCCUAGGCUGUCGUGUACAGUGAAUAGAACUGACGACAAUAAGGAAGAGAAGGUAGAAACCAGUGACUCAGUGAGUUACAAUUCAAAGAUUCAAGAGCUGGAAAUCUCAGAUAAAGAGGCCAGUUCUAAUUCUGAAGCAGUGAAUUUUGAUGGGGAUUCAGCCUCAAUUUCAACGUCCCAGAAAGGUCAAAUAUUGGACCGAGACCUUCAUCUUCGGGGGAAUUUCCCCACUGGUUCUGUUCCUGAAUCCAGAGGUUGAGCUGAAGAGGCUCAGAAACGUGGCAUUGAGGACAUUUGAGAUAAUAAACGUUGGAACAACUGGCAUUACACAGGCACUGGUGGUAUAUAUUCAUGAGAAGUGGAAGGAGGACGAGAUUGUGAAGUUGAACUUUGAGGGCCCUCUCUCGCAAAACAUGGAUAGGACACAAGAGAUACUUGAGGCUGAAACAGGAGGAAUAGUGAUCUGUAGGUCGGGCUGCUCAAUAGUGAUAUACAGAGGACUAUUGUACACAUAUGAUCAUGUAAAAUCAGUAGUUCAACAAAGUCAAUUUAAUUUGAAUCCUUCAAAAUUAUCAAGUGAUUUGGAGUGGUCUUCAACAUUUAAGUGAGCUCAAUCCUCAUUUAGAUGAGCUGGGCCCACGUGUUGAAGAUUGGAGUGGUCGUGAACCACUCCCUAUUGAUGCUGAUUUGUUGCCUGCUGUUGUUCCUGGAUAUAGGCCUCCUUUUAGACGUGUCCUUUAUGGUGUCAAGUACAAUUUGAGAGAAAACGAAAAGGCACACCUUAGAAGGACAGCAAAGGCAAUGCCCCCACAUUUUCCCCUAGGAAGAAACAGAGUGCUGCAGGGAUUGGCUGCUGCUGUGGUGAAGCUGUGGGAAAGAAGCAUAAUUGUGAAGAUUGCCAUCAAAAGCGGUGUGCAUAAUACAUGCAGUGAGAGGAUGGCAGAAGAACUCAGGGUGUUGACCGGAGGAACACUCUUGUUACGGAAUAAGGAAUAUAUAGUCUUUUAUAGGGGUAAUGACUUCUUGGCGCCUGUUGUAACAGAAGCACUUAAAGAAGCCGAGUCACGAAAUGCUCUCCAACAAGAAGAGGAAGAAGAAGCACGGAAAGUGGCUUCAAACUCUAUAUUUGCAAGCUGCAGGGAUGUUAAACGGCCAUUCAUUGCAGGAACUCUUGCUGAGACCGUAGCUGCAACAACACAUUGGGCUACCCAACCCAUUAGUGUUCAAGAGAGAGAGAAGAUGAUGAAAGAUGCAGCUGAAGCAAGGCAAAUAAGAAAGUUGAGAAUGCUGAGAAGGCCUUACGAUGAAAGUUACAGAAAGAUCUGGAACCAUCUGAGCUGCCAAUUCAUUUGGAAACGUUAACAACUGAAGAGAGGUUUUUAUUCAUCAAAAUGGGUCUGAGCAUGAAACCUUAUUUGCUUGUAGGGAGGCAGGCUGUUUUUGAUGGCACCAUAGAGAACAUGCAUUUACACUGGAAGUAUCGGGAGUUAGUAAAGAUAAUUGUUGAGCGAAAAACUUUGCCACAAGUGAAAUAUAUUGCAAUUACCCUAGAGGCUGAAAGUGGUGGGGUUCUGAAAAAACCACUCAAGGCCAUGCAAUCAUCCUUUAUCGCGGGAAAAAUUACCAGCGCCCUUGUGAACUCAGACAAAAAAAAUCUCCUAACAAGGAGGCAGGCAUUGGCACGUUCAAUUGAACUACAUAGAAGGGAGGCAAUUACAGUUGUCACUCUAACUUCCAGGCACUAAAGCAUCAUAUAAUGGUUCUGAAGGAUAAAAUUGAGAAUCUGAAAACUGAACUGGUAUGUUUCUUCCCGUUUAGAUGAUAGUAGUAGUAUUAAUUGUAAAUUUGGACUGUUACACAGGACAAUCAUUCCCUGCUCUAAAUAAUGUAAGUUCUAUUGAAAAAUGCAAAGGCUGAAACAAAUACUGAGAAGGAGAUUGAUGAGGCGGCCUUGUACUCUCGGUUAGAUGCUUUGGCUGACGAUGAGGACUUGGAAGAGGUAAGAACCCUUUUUCAUGUUCUUCUUACAUAGUAAGAGCAAGAUAAUAGAAUUAUAAUAGGACUACUCUUGUACUUUACAUUAAAUUCCUUCUAGUAUAAAUAUAUCUGCAAGGGCUCUUUAGAGAACAUCCUAUUCCAUUAUUCUCACAUGGUAUCAAGAGCACAGUUAAAAAUCUAAUUUUUUUCUGAUCUCUUCCUUCGGCGCCGCCUGGCUUUUCUCUCUGCCGCCGCCUUCGAUCUUCGGUUCACCCCCACUUGUCGGUCACGAUGACUACUCCGGCCUCCUCAGCAUCCGCAGCGCCCUGCUCGACGACGACACCUCCUCUCUUCACGUCGUCAGUCGCGGCCAGCAGCAUGGCAUCCACCGGCGCUCCACUCUCCUUCGGAACGCGGCCGGCAAUCACCUCUGUCUCUUCCGGCCGAGGGCUGUGGUUCAGUGAGAGGACAGGUUGGGGUAUAAGACAACUUGAUGUUAAGAAUGCCUUUUUACAAAAGAGUAUUUGACAGAGGAAGUUUACAUGCGUCAACCCCGUGGUUUUAUCCACCCUCAGUUUCCUAAUCAUAUGUGUCGUUUGCGCAAGGCUAUUUGUGGUCUUAAGCAAGCCCCACGAGCAUGGUUUCAUAGAUUUAGUAGUUUUCUUUUGCAGCAUAAUUUUUCUUGUAGUAAGUCUGACAACUCUUUAUUCAUUUAUCGCCAGAAUAAUAAUAUUAUUUAUUUAUUAUUAUAUGUAGAUGAUAUUAUUAUUACUGGCAAUUCUGCGUCUACCAUUACCCACUUUAUUUCUAUUAUUUCCAAUCAUUUUGCCAUGAAGGAUUUGGGUAAUCUUCAUUAUUUCUUGGGUGUCGAGGCUACUCGCAAUGCUAAAGGUUUAUUUCUUUCUCAAAGUAAGUAUGUUUCUGAUCUGCUAGCCCGAUUUCAUCUCCACACUGUCAAGCCAGUUCGCACUCCAUUAGCCUCUCGCACUACUCUGUCUCUGUCUGAUGGUGAGUUACUUUCGGAAUCUACUGAGUAUCGUAGCAUGGUAGGUGCAUUACAAUAUUUAACCUUGACACGGUUAGAUAUUACUUAUGCAGUACACUUAGUGUCUCAGUUCAUGCAUGCUCCUCGUAGUACUCAUCUUUUUGCAGUCAAAAGAAUUUUCAGGUACUUGCAGGGAACGAAGGAUCAUGGUUUAUGGCUACAGCAGUCUAAUCGGCCCACUUGUGUGGUUUUCUAUUCCGAUGCGGAUUGGGCUGGUUGUCCUGAUAGCUCUCGUUCCACAACUGGUUUUGCAGUGUUUCUCGGUCCCAAUUUAAUUUCCUGGAAGACCAAAAAGCAACCCACGAUGUCCAAGUCAUCCACAGAGGCUGAAUAUCGUGCUAUAGCUUAUACUGUUCAGGACACGCUUCACAUUCGCUCUGUAUUGUUCGAGCUUGGAUACCCGAUUCAGGAGCCGGUGCAUUUACUUUGUGAUAAUAUUUCAGCUUCCUAUUUGACUGCAAAUCCUGUUCAACAUGCCCGAAGUAAACAUAUUCAGAUUGACUACCAUUUUGUUUGUGAAAGAGUUGCUCAUGGAGAUUUGAUCGUGCAGCAUGUUCCUACUCAUUUACAGUUGGCAGAUAUUUUUACUAAGAGUCUUCCUAGUCAGCGUUUUCAUUUUUUAAAAGACAACCUGCGCGUUGUUUCUCCCACACAGCUUGAGGGGGUGUAAUAGAAUUAUAAUAGGACUACUCUUGUACUUUACGUUAAAUUCCUACUAGUAUAAAU